UAAAACAUACAACAGCAAAGUUAAUGUUGCAUCAACUCUCAUAAAAUUGAAGUACGUUAUAAACAAAUCAGAUGUUGAAUUGAGAAACUACCAAGGACAUUUAUUUAGGUCAAGGUCAAGUAAUACUUCAGAAUGAAGUGUGCAUUUAUAGUAUUACUUUGCAUAGUAUUUGGUACUGCCAUGGCUGUUGAUGACAAGUGUGAUUGCCAAAGAGGGAAAAGGGGAAAACCUGGUAGGAAUGGACAAGAUGGUACCCCAGGUCAAAAUGGUGCUCCUGGACAAAAGGGUGAACCAGGACAAAAAGGUGACCCGGGUCGAAAUGGUGCUCCUGGACAAAGUGGUCCCCAGGGACAAGAGGGUGAGCCUGGACCACAUUGCGUUAAACCAAGUUCAUGUCCAAUUGGAUUUGUUUUCAACUCAACGCUCAAAUCCUGCUAUUACUUUAUGUACAAUGCCGAUGGCUCAUGGUUUGAAGGGGAUUGGUUUUGUGCACGACAGAACUCGCAUCUUGUUUCCAUAGAAUCUGAAGAAGAGCAGCUGUAUCUGUAUAUGAGACUAACACUAGAUAGCCAACAGAGAAAGAGGUUUUGGACAAGUGGCAAUAAAUUCAAUGGACAGUGGAGAUGGGAUUCUGGUUCUUGUUCUCAAAGCAAUCUAUUCAGUUAUACCAACUGGUAUCCAGGUGAUCCAGGAGAACCUGUGAUGGUCAUGUCAUACGCCAGAAUGAACUGGGCUUUCAUGCUAUUACUCUGCAUAGUAUUUGGUGUUAACGUGGCGGUUAAAGACAAGUGUGAUUGCCAAAGAGGGAAAAGGGGGAAGCCUGGUACGAAUGGACAAGAUGGUGCUCCAGGUCAAAAUGGUUUACCAGGACAAAAAGGUGACCCGGGACCAAUCGGUGUACCUGGUAGAGAUGGUGCCCCUGGUCAAAAAGGUAUCCCGGGACAAAAUGGUAGUCCGGGGCGAAAUGGUUCACCAGGGCAAAAGGGUGAACCGGGCCAGAAUGGUAUUCCGGGACGAAACGGUGCCCCUGGACAAAGGGGCUACCAGGGACAAAAGGGUGAGCCUGGUCCGCAUUGCGUCAGACCAAGAUCAUGUCCACAUGGAUUUUUUUUCAACCCCUCACUCAAUUCGUGUUACUUCAUUGUCCGCGAUCAUGCUUCAUGGUUUGAAGCUGACGCCUAUUGUGCUCGACAGAACUCUCAUCUUAUCGCAGUAGAAUCUCAAACGGAGCACUGCAGUGGCGUAGCCAGCAAAUGGUGA